GAAAUAUUGACUUUAUACUACAGCCCAGAUUUCAUUUGGAUAGUUGAUUUUUUUAUAUACUCCCUAAUGAUAUUUUCAAUAUCGGAACUAUACUUUUGGCUUAAACCGGCUGCUUAUGGAAAUGAACUGAAUCUCAGCAUCGUUUGGUUACUGCUCUCAGCGUUUUUUGCAUUAAAAUCGCUUUCCUCUCUGACGUUGGUAUAUUUCAGAAUUGGUGACGGCGGUGAAAGCUCGAUGUGUAUUAUCUUUGCUUCAGUUUAUUUCUUGCUUUGCAUGGUUGUCUUAACAGUAGAUGAAACUAUUUUAGAGUUUGGUUUAUCAUAUGUUUAUGAUUCUCUCAAUAGAAAUACCACCCGAUUGAUUAAUUCAAGUACCCCAGCAGCUCCCAUUUUAGUCAAGAUCAUCAUUUCUGUGCUUUCUGCUAUAAUUGGGUCUGUCUUCCUCUUUCCGAGCUUAAGAUUGGCGAAAAUGCACUCGAAAAUUGUCAGAGACUGGUCAUCGGCUACAUGGUUAAAUGCACAAAUCAGCCUGCUAUUACCUUUCAUUGUUAUUCUGUCUUGGGUCAAACCCUUAGCCCGAGAUACCAUGGUAGCCACAAAUGUAAACCAAUCAAGAAUUUUUGUUGAAGAUGCAACAUUUAAUACGUCGAGACUGGGAAUAUUAAUUCUUUUGAGUAUCCUACGGUUCAGCUCUAUAAAAUCUUACUUGCAAGCACAUUUAGACACUGCCUUAGACAAGGCAGAAAAUUUUCAGAAAGAAGUACAGCAAAUUACUAACCUUGAAUUUAGGAAGGCGAUCAAUCACGUCUUUCACUAUCUCUGCAUCGCAGCAACGCAACACAUUGCGCCUGUAAUUAUUAUUUUCGAUCUGACUUUGCUGCUGAAGGCAUUAGGUGGAUAUUCGUGGAUGGCGGAUGAGACAUUUAAGAUUAUUGAGGUUGAAAGUAGUUCAUCGGUUUUUUUUAGAUUAUUAGAGAAAUUUCUUAAUUCAUCAGAGUUACUGCAAGGAAGUCAUACCAUAGCUUUUAGACCACUGCACACGAUCUUUUCCAAAGAUAUUCUGAGAGGUAUAAUGUCAUUUUUUACGUGGUGGACUUGCGGAGUUUAUUUCAUAUCUACAGUCUUUGGAAUUGUAUACAUAAAUUUGAAAUCUCGUGGCAAGUAA